AUGGCAGCCUCCGGGGUGGAGAAGAGCAGUAAGAAGAAAAUGGAGAAGAAACUUGCUGCUCAAGAGGAAGCUAAACUGUUGGCGGAUUUCAUGGGCAUCAUGAAUAAUAUGCGGAAACAGAAAACAUUGUGUGAUGUGAUCCUCAUGGUCCAGGAAAGAAAGAUACCUGCUCAUCGUGUUGUCCUUGUUGCUGCCAGUCAUUUUUUUAACUUAAUGUUCACUACUAACAUGCUUGAAUCAAAGUCCUUUGAAGUAGAACUCAAAGAUGCUGAACCUGACAUUAUCGAACAACUUGUGGAAUUUGCUUAUACUGCUAGAAUUUCUGUGAACAGCAACAAUGUUCAGUCUUUGUUAGAUGCAGCAAACCAGUACCAGAUUGAACCUGUGAAGAAAAUGCGUGUUGAUAUUUUGAAAGAACAAGUUGAUGCUUCAAAUUGUCUUGGUAUAAGUGUGCUUGCAGAGUGUCUGGACUGUCCUGAAUUGAAAGCAACAGCAGAUGACUUUAUUCAUCAGCAUUUUACUGAAGUUUACAAAACUGAUGAAUUUCUACAACUUGAUGUCAAACGAGUAACACAUCUUCUCAACCAGGACACAUUGACUGUGAGAGCAGAGGAUCAGGUUUAUGAUGCUGCAGUCAGGUGGUUGAAAUAUGAUGAACCUAAUUGCCAGCCAUUUAUGGUUGACAUCCUUGCCAAAGUCAGGUUUCCUCUUAUAUCAAAGAAUUUCUUAAGUAAAACAGUACAAGCUGAACCACUUAUUCAAGACAAUCCUGAAUGCCUUAAGAUGGUGAUAAGUGGAAUGAGGUACCAUCUGCUGUCUCCAGAGGAUAGAGAAGAACUUGCAGAUGGCACAAGACCUAGAAGAAAGAAACAUGAUUACCGCAUAGCCUUAUUUGGAGGCUCCCAACCACAGUCCUGUAGAUAUUUUAACCCAAAGUUGAAAAGAGAUGCAUAUUCUACACAAGGAUGGAAGUGAAACUGUAACUUCAAA